ACAGAAGGAAGUGAGCUAUCUAUAGAGCUUGGAGAUGGUAAACCAAGCUGUGACUACAAAAAGCAAAGUGGAGAAGCUCACCAACCAGACUGUCGAGCUCAAAGAGGAGUUAGAGAAGGUCAUAGAUGAGAAAGAGAAUGGAAUCAAGGCCGUUAAAAGAGAUGCCAACCACCAAGCCAAUCCCGUUGUGGAAGAAGUUGCAAGGGCAAGGGAGGAACAAGAUGAAGCUUGCAAAGAGCUUGACGCCCUAUGAGCAAAGGUUGUACUUCUUAUAUUUGAGAGUUUUAUUCAGAAAUGAAAAAGAAUAGUUAUU